AUGGAUGCCAGGAAAGCCUCAUCUUCAUCCUCACCAUCCUCCCCAUCAAAACGUUGGAAGUACGACGUGUUCUUGAGCUUCAGAGGUGAAGACACACGCAAGGGCUUCACAGGCCACCUCCACGCCGCAUUAUCUGAUGCCGGAAUCAGCACCUUUCUUGACGACAACGAGCUAGAAAGAGCGGAAUUUAUAAAUACCCAACUGGAGCAGGCAAUCGACAAGUCCAUGAUCUCCAUAAUUGUCUUCUCUAAGAGUUAUGCCGAUUCCAGUUGGUGUCUUGACGAGCUGGUGAAGAUCAUGGAGUGUAGAGAAAGAUUGAGGCAACAGGUUAUUCCAUUGUUCUAUAAUGUUGAUGCUUCAGAUGUCCGGAAACAAACUGGUAGUUUUGCACAAGCAUUUGAGAAACAUGAAGCGGGCAUCUGUGAAGGUAAACAUGGGAAAGAAAAGGUAGAGCGGUGGAGGAAUGCUCUCACUCAAGCUGCGGAUUUGUGUGGGGAAGAUCUUAAAAAUGCUGAUAAUGGGAUCCAUUUAACAUUUGAUGUUAAAUCCCAAUCGCAUGAAGCAAAGUUUAUCAAGAAAAUUCUUGGGGAGGUUAAUAAGCAGUUGUACAGCAAAUACCAAUUAGACAUCGAACACCUUGUUGGAAUUACUUCUCGGGUGAGCGAUGUUGUUCGCAUGAUUGAUAUUGAAAAUUCAGGUUCUAAGGAUGUUGUUCGCAUGAUUGGUAUUUUGGGGAUGGGAGGCAUUGGAAAAACAACCCUUGCCAAAACCAUUUAUAACAAAUUUGAUCCUAUCUUUGAAGGUAGGAGUUUCCUUGCAAACGUGAGGGAAGUAAUUGCACACCAACCCUUUAAUGGUCUGGUUGGUUUGCAAGAACAACUUCUAAACGAUAUCUUGAAAAGCGAGGACAUAAAGGUUGGCUCUGUUGCUAAAGGGAUCGAUAUGAUAAGAGAAAGACUUUGUUGUAAAAGAGCACUUGUCAUAAUUGACGAUGCAGAUGAUCUACAGCAACUAAAAGCAAUAGCUAGAGCUCGUGAUUGGUUUGGUCCUGGAAGUAGAAUUGUUAUAACAACAAGAAAUCAACAUUUGCUAGACCAAGUUGGAGUGGAUAGCACAUAUAUGGCUCAAGCAAUGGAUGAGGAAGAAGCUCUAGAGCUCUUUAGUAGGAAUGCCUUUGAAAGUGGUUGUCCUAAUCAAGAAUAUCUUGACCUCUCAAAACGUGUAAUUUGUUACUGUCGAGGCUUGCCACUAGCACUUGAAGUUGUAGGGUCUUUUCUGAUUAAAAGAUCCACAGCGGAGUGGGAAAAUCAUUUGGAGAAGUUGAAAAGAAGUCCUGAUGCAGAUAUUCAAAAAAUACUCAGAAUAAGCUUUGACGGGCUACCUGAUCAUACAACGAGAGAGAUAUUCCUUGAUAUAUCUUGUUUCUUUAUAGGAAUGGACAAGGACUAUGUAACACAAAUAUUAGAUGGAUGUGGCUUUUAUGCAACGAUAGGAAUCAGUGUCCUCAUGGAACGGUGCCUUGUAACUGUUAGUGAGCAAAACAAGCUGAUGAUGCAUGAUUUGCUUCGAGACAUGGGAAGAGAGAUCAUUCGUGAAAAUGCCUGCGGUCCCCCUGAAAAAUUUAAUAGAUUAUGGAAACGUGAAGACGUAACAAAUGUAUUGAGCGAUGAAUCUGGAACUGAAGAAAUUGAAGGAGUUACUCUAGAUUUGGAUCCAGAUUUGCAUCGAGGUUGGUUUAGAGAUUUGACUAGAUUCAGUGCACAAGCAUUUACCAACAUGAAAAAACUGAGGUUACUCCACCUCAGCAACGUAGAGCUCACUGGAGAGUACAUAGAUUUUCCCAAAAGGUUAAUAUGGUUGUGCUGGCAUUAUUUUCCUUUAGAGUCCAUACCAGAUGACUUUCCCAUGCAACCAAAACUAGUUGCUUUAGACCUGCAAUAUAGCUACCUCAAAAUAGUUUGGAAGGAUUGCAAGUUGCAUCAGAAUUUGAAAAUCCUUAAUCUCAGCCAUUCCCCUUGGCUAACAAAAUCACCAGACUUUUCAAAACUCCCAAAUCUCGAGGAAUUGGUAUUGCAAUUUUGUACUAGUUUGUCUGAGGUUCACUCAUCCAUCGGGGAUCUUGGAAGACUUUCUUUGGUAAAUCUUGAAGACUGCAUAAGUCUAAGGGAUCUCCCACUGAAUUUCUAUAAGUCCAAGUCUGUUGAAACUCUUCUACUUAAUCGUUGUUCAAGUUUUGAAAAGUUGGCUGAGGGCUUAGGGGAACAUGGUAUCAUUGACAACUCUGAAAGCGGAUGA